AUGUCAGACAUGGAGAGUUUCCCGACGGGAGACCCGCGGUACCUGAAGAGGAGGGUGAAGGCGUGCUCCCUGGACGUGCACCCGACCGAGAAGGCUCUGGUGGUCCAGUACGAGGUGGAAGCAACGAUUCUGGGCCAGCUGGGGGAGCCCGUGGUGGGCGAGCGCAAAGCGUGUCAGAAGAUUAUUCGUGUGAAGAGUUUGAACUCCGGCACAGACACGUCCGGUCUGGCUCAGAAAGUUCUGGACGAGUGUCGGCUCAUCCACCCGUCCAAGCUCUGCGAGGUGGAGCAGCUGCUCUUCUACCUGCAGAACCGCAAGGAGUCCCGCGAAAACCGGGACAGGAGGCGAAUCUCACCUCCAGACUUUGCGCCGUACUCGGGAGUGGAGCUGGACGAGGAGGCGAACAUCAGCUGCAUGGACGAGUACGUGGAGCUGCUGUACGAAGAAAUCCAGGACAAGAUCCGAGGAGCCACGCUCAUCUUCCAGCUGGCCCAGAACCCCGACAACCUGGAGGAGCUCCUCCACAACGAGGCGGCGCUCGGAGCUUUGGCCCGAGUCCUGCGGGAGGACUGGCGGCAGAGCGUGGACCUGGCCACCACCAUCAUCUACGUCUUCUUCUGCUUCUCCAGCUUCUCCCAGUUUCACGGUCUCGUCACUCACUUUAAGAUCGGAGCUCUGAGCAUGAGCAUCAUCGAGCACGAGCUGAGGAGGUUCGACCUCUGGCAGGACGAGCUGCAGAAGAAGAAGAAGGCCUAUGAAGAAUCUCCUGAGAACCAGAACCUGAAGAAAGAAUGUGAGAAAUCCUUCAGGAAGUACCAGAGUCUUCUGGUCAAACAGGAGCAGCUUCUCCGAGUUGCUCUGUGUCUGCUGCUGAACCUGGCUGAAGACACUCGCACCGAGCUGAAGAUGCGCAACAAGAACAUCGUCCACAUGCUGGUGAAGGUUCUGGAGCGGGAGGACGAGGAGCUGCUGCUGGUGGCCGUCUCCUUCCUCAAGAAGCUCUCCAUCUUCCUGGAGAACAAGAACGACAUGGCCGAGACGUCUGCGGUGGAGAAACUGUCCCGGCUGGUUCCCUGCCAACACGAGGAGCUGCUGAGCACCUCCUUGCGCCUCCUGCUCAACCUGUCCUUCGACUCGUCCCUGCGCAGCCACAUGGUCCGGGCCGGUCUGGUUCCCAAGCUCUCGUCUCUGCUCGCUGACGAGGCCCAGAGACGGCUCAGCAUGUGCGUCCUGUACCACAUCAGCGUGGACGACACGUCCAGGUCCAUGUUUGCUCACGCGGACUGCGCACCGCAGCUGAUGAAGAUGGUGUGUGACUGCGGCGAGGAGAAGAUGGCCGUGGAGCUCCUCUCGCUCUGCAUCAACCUGGCUGCUGACAGGAGCAACGCUCAGCUCUUCUGUGAAGGUAACGGACUGCAGGUGCUGAUGAAGAGGGCCCUGAAGCUGAAGGAUGCUCUGCUGAUGAAGAUGAUCAGAAACCUUUCUCAGCACAGUGGACCCACCAGGAGCUUGUUUGUGGACCACGUCGGAGAGCUGGCAGCUCACAUCAGCGAAGACGAGGACGAAGAGUUUGUGAUCGAGUGUCUGGGAACGCUGGCCAACCUGACCAUCCCAGACCUGGACUGGGCCCUGGUGCUGGAGGAGUACAGCCUGGUGCCGUACCUGAAGGACCGCCUCAGACCAGGUUCUGCUGAGGACGACCUGAUCCUGGAGGUGGUGGUCCUGAUCGGAACCAUGUCCGCGGACGGUUCGUGCGCCGCCUCGCUGGCCGACUCGGGGAUUAUUCCUGCGCUCAUCGAGCUGCUCAACGCCCAACAGGAGGACGACGAGUUCGUGUGUCAGAUUCUGUUCGUCUUCUAUCACAUGGUUUGUCACAAAGCUACAAGAGACGUCGUCGUGAAGGACACGCCAGCUGCAGCUUACCUGCUCGACCUGAUGCACGACAACAAUGCCGCGAUCCGAAAGGUCUGCGACAACACCCUGGACAUCAUCGCCGAGAAAGAUGAGGAGUGGGGCAGGAGGAUCCAGACUAAAAGGUUCUGCUGGUACAACAGUCACUGGCUGGACAUGGUGGAGAACCGUCAGCUGGAAGAACCGGCAGAACCAUUCCUGUACCAAGUGGACCGGGACUUCCUGGAGAGGUCCGACUUGUUCUAUACGACAGAUGGGACCGGCUCAGCCGACGGAACCGUCACUCCGGACCUCCACUCCCACUUUUGGAGCAGAGACCUGGUAGAACCUGGACACCUGAGCAGCACAUCGGACCACUUGGUUCUGUUGGACCGACCCGUCAGCGCCUACGUGUUCCGGCCCGAUGAGCACUUCCUGUGCAGCUACGCCACGGCUCCACGGUAA